AUGAAGUUCAUCGUACUCGCACAUCUCGCGGCCAUCGCGGCCGGCCUCCCGGCCACAUCCGGGCGAGCCGUGUCCGAGCCCAGCAAGGUCCUCGAGGAGCGGGCCACGACCCUCUGCGGCCAGUGGGACUCGCUCCAGACGGGCGCCUACACCGUCUACCAGGACCUCUGGGGCAUGUCCUCCGCCAGCUCCGGCUCCCAGUGCACCACCGUGACGGGCCUGUCCGGCAGCGACCUCGUCUGGUCGACGUCCUGGACGUGGGCGGGCGGGCCCUCGAGCGUAAAGUCGUACGCCAACGCCGUCACAAAGUUCACGGCCAGGACCGUCGCGUCCAUAUCCAGGAUCCCCACCACGUGGAGAUGGAGUUACGGAGGCUCCUCCGUCGUGGCAAACGUGGCCUACGACAUCUUCACGUCGUCGACGGCCUCGGGCAGCGCGCAGUACGAGGUCAUGAUCUGGCUCGACGCCCUCGGCGGCGCGGGGCCCAUCUCGGCGACCGGCAGCCCCGUCGCGAGCCCCAACAUCGGCGGGGUGAGCUGGCGGCUGUACAAGGGCCAGAACGGCGCCAUGACGGUCUUCAGCUUCGUCGCGCAGGGCGCGCAGAGCAACUUCAGCGGCGACCUGAAGCAGUUCCUCAGCUACCUGGUCUCGAGCCAGGGCCUGCCGACGAGCCAGUACGUGCAGAGCAUUGGUGCGGGGACCGAGACGUUCACCGGGUCGAAUGCCAAGUUCAGUACUUCUGCGUACUCGUGCUCCGUGAGCUGA